GCGCGGCAGGCGCGAUGGCUGCGCUCGCCGGGGUGGCGGCGCAGGGCGUCGUUCGGGGACUGUGUACGCUGACUGCAUGCCUGUCGGCGCGGCUUCCGAGCCGCUGGCCUAGGAGGGGCUACGCCGUGGGCUGCGCGGAGAGCCCUCCCACCUUUGGGUUCCUGUUCGACAUUGAUGGUGUGCUGGUGCGAGGUCACAGGGUAAUCCCAGCUGCCCUGGAAGCAUUCCGCAGGCUAGUAAACUCUCAGAGACAACUUCGGGUGCCUGUGGUUUUUGUUACAAAUGCUGGGAACAUCUUACAACAUAGCAAAGCUCAGGAACUGUCAGCCCUGCUGGAGUGCAAGGUGGAUCCAGACCAAGUCAUUCUCUCUCACAGCCCCUUGAAACUCUUCUUGCAAUACCACAACAAACGGAUGCUAGUGUCUGGGCAGGGGCCCCUGGUGGAAAAUGCCCAAGCACUAGGCUUCCGGAAUGUGGUAACAGUGGAUGAGUUGCGGCUAGCCUUCCCAGUGCUGGACAUGGUGGACCUCAAGCGACGGCCGAAGACCACGCCCCUCCCGACGACAAGUGACUUCCCUGCCAUUGAAGGGGUGCUCCUCCUUGGGGAACCCAUCCGCUGGGAAACAAACUUGCAGCUGAUCAUGGAUGUCCUCCUCAGCAAUGGGAACCCUGGAACUGGCCUGGCAACAGCUCCCUAUCCCCACCUCCCUGUCCUGGCUAGCAACAUGGAUCUCCUUUGGAUGGCUGAAGCCAAGAUGCCCAGGUUUGGCCAUGGCACCUUUCUGCUUUGUCUGGAAACCAUCUACCGGAAAGUGACAGGCAAGGAGCUGAGAUACGAGGGCCUGACUGGCAAGCCCAGCAUCCUCACUUACCAGUAUGCAGAGGACCUGAUCAAGCAGCAGGCAGAGAGGCGGGGCUGGGUCGCCCCCAUCAGGAAGCUCUAUGCUAUAGGCGAUAAUCCUAUGUCUGAUGUCUAUGGUGCCAACCUGUUCCACCAGUACCUGCAAAUGUCAAAGUGGGGCAGGGCAGAAGAACAAAGGACUAGCGGACUGCAGAAGCAGCGGCCUUCAGCAACCCAGAGCUGUGCCUCCAUCCUGGUUUGCACUGGUGUAUACAGUUCCCAGGAUGUGGGGUCCACAGAGCCUGCCCUUGGAGGGGCAGAGCCUCCAUUCCAUGGGCACCGGGACUUCAGCUUCCACCCAAAGCUCCUGGAAGCAUCCCACAUUGUGAAUGAUGUGAAUGAGGCUGUGAAGCUGGUUUUUAGCCAGGAGGGUUGGGCUUGAUAGUAAGGGGUACUACAUUGGAACCAAGGGGCAGCCUGGGUCUGGGCCCCAGGAUAUCCUGCCUGCCAAGCUAUGGUCUGGAUCAUUGGACAUCAUGUCCCAGCCUAGCCCCCUCACCACUACAUCCUGGGGGUGUUAAUGAUGACAAGGACAGUGACUUCAGUAGCCAUAGAAUAUAUAUUGGGCAGCAUUUCACAAGGAAUGAUGGAUUUCUGGGCCCUCUGUGUCUCCCUAUAGUCUGACCUCACGCCAGUCCCUUUACCUCUGUGCCUCAGCAGCCUCCUUUUAGUAGGACUUCUAAAAAGGAAGAUACUAUAAAAUUAUGUGGAAACUUCUGGAUAGCCUUUGCUCUUGCUGAAGGAACCACUGCAUGCCAGCGAGGUGUGCAACUAACACUCUUGGUAGUUUUUACUGUGUUGUAGAGUAUUGCCUAGAGACUUUGACUUUGUUGUUUUUUAAAAUUAAAAUCAUUCUAAUAAGUA